UUCAAGCUUUGUUGUCUUCCCGGAAACCUGUCAUUCAGAUCUUUCUCGCCUCUUGUCUCUCGGCCACGCUUCAACCUGUUAUCAGCCUCAGUUUCAAUUUAAAAAGUCUAUGAUAUCGAAGAAGUUAGGAAGAUGGGUGUGAAGCAAGCUCUGAGGAGUCUCGAUGCGUUUCCUCGGGCAGAGGAUCACUUGCUCCAGAAGACGCAGUCUGGUGCCAUCGUGUCCAUUAUCGGCCUCGUUAUAAUGGCCACUUUGUUCCUGCAUGAGCUCAGUUACUAUCUCAACACAAUUACAGUUCAUAAGUUGUCAGUGGACGUAAAGCGUGGAGAAACUCUUCCAAUCCAUAUAAAUAUGACAUUUCCUUCUUUGCCUUGCGAUGUGUUGAGUGUAGAUGCUAUCGACAUGUCAGGCAAGCAUGAAGUGGAUCUUGACACAAACAUUUGGAAACUCCGUCUGAAUGCUCAUGGUCAUAUCAUUGGCACAGAGUAUAUAUCCGAUCUUGUUGAAAAGGAACAUGAUCACUCUUCUCACAAGCAUGAUGGCAAAGAAGAACAUAAGGAUCAUACCGAAACAUUCAGUUUUUUUGGAUUUGAUCAAGCUUCUGAGAAGAUGAUUAAAAAGGUGAAGCAAGCAUUGGAAGAUGGAGAAGGAUGCCGGGUCUAUGGUGUUCUAGAUGUACAAAGAGUUGCUGGAAACUUCCACAUAUCAGUGCAUGGGUUGAACAUUUACGUCGCUCAGAUGAUUUUUGGAGGAUCAAAGAAUGUGAACGUGAGUCAUACAAUUCACGAUCUAUCAUUUGGGCCGAAGUAUCCUGGAAUUCACAACCCACUUGAUGGGACAGUGCGGAUGCUUCACGACACAAGUGGAACGUUCAAAUAUUACAUAAAGAUUGUACCGACGGAGUAUGGAUACCUCUCGAAAGAAGUUCUAUCCACUAAUCAAUUCUCUGUGACGGAAUAUUACUUGCCAAUGAACGAGUUUGACCGGACAUGGCCAGGUGUUUACUUCUUAUAUGACCUGUCGCCUAUCACUGUGGCGAUCAAGGAAGAACGCCGUAGUUUUCUCCACUUCCUCACCCGGCUUUGCGCUGUAUUGGGCGGUACAUUUGCCUUGACAGGAAUGCUAGAUCGUUGGAUGUUCCGUUUGCUUGAAUCAAUCACCAAGAGGCCGAGUUCCGGAAGCAGACUAAAGUGAACAAAAUAGUGAAUCCAAUUACCAAACACAUCAGUUCCCGGAUUCCCAGAGAGAAACCUCGGAAGAAUCCAUGGAUUUUUCCUAGCGGCUCAGCUUCUCAUGCAUUGUCUCUCUGCUUUUCCUUUUCUCUGUACGAACGGAGAAAAUUUUCUUCUUUUUGUAGCGACCAAAAAUAAAACCUAAAUGAAUUUGUACAAACUCUUGAAUUUUUCAGCUUUUACAUGUAGACUAGUUUCUACAUCAACCUAUUCAUAUAACAAAAAAAGUUCUGCCAA